AUGCCCACAAUAUGGAACUUACCGAGGACUAUGUGCGAUAAGAAGAAAUUUCCCCUAAAUGGGCUGGUUAUCAUGUUUCUGCUACUAUUUUCUCUAGCUUACACGUCAAACGGCCAUGGGAUUCACAACGCGGGUGAAGAAAAAGGCAUUGGUGAUGUUGCAGUUUGGGAACAGAGCACCACUGGCGUUGCCCUCAAGCCUUGGCAUAUAUCCAGAAAACUCUGCCGUAAUGUCACUGUCACAAAGUCGUCUGCAGAGGUUUUCCUGAAUCGUUUGCAUUACAGACAUGUUAACUUUGGAUUCAUCCACGUUUAUCCUGAAAAUAAAUCUGAGUUAUCCUUCACGAAAACUCCCGAUGUCCUGUUUCGUACGGUAUGGGUGUGGACAUUGCUCGGGGAAGGCGGUGCUUUUCCUUAUCUCUGGUAUUCACUUGACUUUUAUUCGUUGUCGUUUGGUAUUCUGGACAAGUACACGGACCAUUACCUCAGGCUCAAUCUCACCACCGACAGCCCGACACCUUGUAUGGUACAGGUAGGUGGAAACUCGACGCAGAUCAUAGCUAAUGCUUUUAACGCAGUGAUGGAAACCUCGUAUGGGAAAACACCCAAGAAUAAGCGAAGCGUGUUCUGCUACUCGGUGAGAUAUAAAAGUUACGGGCCUUUCUUGUACUACGUAACCCACCUCCUCGGUAUCGAGAAAGGUUACACAGGAUACAAAUGUUGCUACCAGAGGCAAGAUCCUUCUAACAAAAAUAAAACAGUAUCUAAUUGCAGUGACAAGAUACAGCCGAUGACAAAGUGGUAUUGUGUUUUGUAUACAUUGGUCUUCUUGGGGUUUUUCUUCUGCCCUGUCGUGGUGUCAUGGGUAGCUCAUCGACUGGCUGUUCCAGACGGGGACACGAACUUACCUUCUCUCCAAAACUAUCAACCUUUGUCAUCUGAGGAUAUCCAAGAGGACAGCAACCAAAAUGAAGUUCUGGAGCAAAAGUGGAUAUUCCUCGGCGUUGACAAGCCAAUCACGCUUUUAAAAGUGUUUUGCAAACUAUUCCGUCCAUUUCGCACAAGUCCUGUUCUGGCAUCACGUCUUCAGAGGUUAGUCGCCAUUCUUCUCACGCCGUCUGUGAUCUGUUUCAUGAUCUUUAUGAAAGUCAAGGAUGGCACCCAGGAGCGUUGGGUCCGUUACAGACUGGAUUACGACAUCCCUGUUGGAUUUAUGGCCAUUCCAUUCGGGUUUAAGUGGAACUUGAAGAACUGGGGCUACCUGUUUGGUGGACCUUACGUGAUGUAUUCCUUGUACUUCUCCUUGGGACUUGUCAUGCUGCUUUUGCCUAGGGACUUUUCUAAAAUUAUGACAAAGUACCUAAAAUGUAAAUCAGAAGUGAUGUAUACCCUCCUGUCCAUUGACGUGCUUACAAUGGAAAAAUGGAGCUCGACUACCUUUUCUCAUCUCACCGGUUACCACUUUAUCCACGACAAGGUCACCGCUAACUUUUACAUGCUAAUGAACAGAAAAUUUUGGCGGUUUACGAAGGACCUCUUCGUGAAAAGAUUUAUCCUCGUGAACGAUCGACUCAAGAGACUUUUCUCCGAUGAGUGUGCCGUAAAAUGUUCCCUUCCCGUCGCACAGUUUGUGUUGUUCGUGUGGUAUGCGGUAUUCUGUGUGCUGGAGUUACUCUGUGCAUUCGUGUACUAUGGUCUACCGUCGGUUUAUCUUGCCGUCACAAUCCUGAGAGGUUACAAUGUAUGGUUGAAAGAUGUUGUGCCUCACCUCGGAUUGAGAGCUAUCCUUCAUUUCAUUAUCAGUGUCUUAGUCAUCCACAAUCUCAUUGCCUUUGCCAUUCUCUUCAUCUGCAGUGGAAUAUACAUAACCUCUGCCAUAGACUUUACUUACAUAGGCCUCAUCAUCUACCCGGAAUACACGACCGGCUAUAUCAUUGCUGCAGGGACACUGGCAUAUUAUCUAAUCGGAAACAUCAGGAAAUUCAACGACAUUUUCUCAGAGCUCCUGGACUUGACCGUUAACGCCAGUAUGAAUUUGGAAAGUCAGCGGAACAAAGGUGUAUGUAAGGUCACAGAGAAUACAAUAGUUAUCUCUCCUCAUGACGCCACUGUUGUUGAAACGAUCAAAGUGCAGGGAGAAGUGGAAAUUUCUCUAUCAGACAAUCAAAAGUCGAAUCUCAAGCAUUGCGGCCUUCAUGGAAGCCUCCGAAAGCUGGUGAAAUGGCGGGACAACCAACCCGGUAUUCCGUACGAGCUGUUCAUACACGUGAUGAACCGCUAUUGUCCACUGCACAAGCACGUGUUCUGGUUCCUGCUUCGCCUGGCCGUAUUCUGUCUCGUUGUCGUGUCCAUCACUACACUUCUGGCCAGCUACAACAUCAAGCAAAAUUUGGCAAUUCCAGCCCAGGUCAUUACUGCAGUCACCCUCAACAUACUCCCCCGCGUUAUGGAAGCCUUUGUGUCAAAGCUGGACAUCCGCCUUGCCCAUGAGCACUGGAAACGGUGUAUAGAAACAGCAGUAGAAAGCUACUGGAUAAGCAAGGGUCUCGUCAGAAUAGUCUAAAAAUGGUGACUGAAAAAAUAGAGUGAGCAUCAGAGGAAAUACUAUUGAAAACUGUAUCUGAAAAUAUGUUUACUUAUUAUUUUUAGAUUUUGUUUUCACUGAAUUAAAUGCAUUAAAAUGUUUGGAUUGUAUGGUGACCUAUAUGCACAGGCAUAUAUUACACGAGAACAGGCAUAUAUUGCACGAGAACACGCAUAUAUUACACGAGCACAGGCACAUAUUACACGAGCGCAGGCACUAAUUGCACGAGCACAGGCACAUAUUGCACGAGCAAAGGCGUAUGUUGCACGAGCACAGGCACAUAUUACACGAGCGCAGGCACUUAUUGCACGAGCAAAGGCGUAUGUUGCACGAGCACAGGCAUAUAUUACACGAGCACAGUGUGUUGACAGCAUAUGUACGUUGUUGUUGUUUUAAGAACUAUUUGACAGUUCUAACAAUCACAUUUUAAUUACAAUGAUGUGUUUUAUUUAGAGCCUUGAUAUUAGACGAUGCUCAGUGUAUGUGAAACAACCUUUUAUUCAGCUUUAUUAUUUUUUUUUUGGUUUCAUCUGUAUUUCUUAUAUAGUCAUUGUUUUCCCAUAUCG